AUGACUACCGAUAACUGCGUUAUUACUUUUGCAUCAAACUGUGCGGUGUUUCCAGCUUUGCGCGGUUUGCAUGGCGCCGGUGGCGAGUACGAGGUACUAGGACCCACCGAUGCCGGCGCCGCGUUGGGCUCCCUGGCGGGCUCCCUGAUAGGCUCGGUCGGUGCGGGCGUAGUGGGGGCGUCUCUGGGGGCGUCCGCCGCCGCAGUGACGGGGGCUGCGGGGAUGGGGGCCGCGCUGGGGGCUGUUCUGGGACACAGCUUCGGAGGAGGAGCAGGAGGAGGCGCAGGAAGGGAUGGUGCCGCUGCAGGACGCGGCCUCUCCCGGCGGCUUCUGGGUGGCGGCGGGCGCGACGGCGGCGGUGGCGGCUAUGACGGCGGUGAUGUACCGCUGCUGGGCGAGGAGGACGAGGCGAUCGAACGAGACAGCAGAGCGGCCGAGGUAGCGGAGGCGGAGGUGGCGGAGGCAGUACAGCAACGGCAACGGCAGCAGGGCCAGCAGGCGGUACGGCAAGGCACCGACAGGUUUGAGGAGGUGGGAGAUGCGGCUCCGGAGCUCAUCGGGCUGCAGCCGCUGUGCGAAAUGGGCGUCAAUGCGGGGAUGUAUCUGGGACAUGGGCACACCGUGGCUGGUGGGCCGGUCGAGUGA